AUGCGUGGGUGGGUGACUAAGGUAUACUACAGAGGUAAUCUAUCGAUGGUUGUUUUCUCUCUCUCUCUCUCUAUCUCUCUCUCUCUCUCUCUCUCUCUCUCUCUCUCUCUCUCUCUCUCUCUCGAUGGUUGUUUCUCUCUCUCUCUCUCUCUCUCUCGAUGGUUUCUCUCUCUCUCUCUCUCUCUCUCGUUGUUUCUCUCUCUUCUCUCUCUCUCUCUCUCUCUCUCUGGUUGUUUCUCUCUCUCUCUCUCUCGAUGGUUGUUUCUCUCUCUCUCUCUCGAUGGUUGUUUCUCUCUCUCUCUCUCUCGAUGGUUGUUUUCUCUCUCUCUCUCUCGAUGGUUGUUUUUCUCUCUCUCUCUCGAUGGUUGUUUUUCUCUCUCUCUCUCUCGAUGGUUUCUUUUCUCUCGAUGGUUGUUUUCUCUCUCUCUCUCGAUGGUUUGUUUUCUCUCUCUCUCUCUCUCGAUGGUUGUUUCUCUCUCUCGAUGUUUGUUUUCUCUCUCUCUCGAUAGUUUGGUUGUCUCUCUCUCUCUCUCUCUCUCUCUAUGGUUGUUUUCUCUUUCUCUCUCUCUCUCUCUCUCUCUCUCUCUCUCUCUCGAUGGUGGUUUUUUCUCUCUCUCUCUCUCUCUCUCUCUCGAUGGUUGUUUUUUCUCUCUCUCUCUCUCGAUUUUUGUUUUCUCUCUCUCUCUCUCUUUUCUCUCUCUCUCUCUCUCGAUGGGUUUCUUUUUUCGAUGGUUGUUUUCUCUCUCUCUCUCUCGAUGGUUUGUUUUUCUCUCUCUCUCUCGAUGGUUUUUUCUCUCUCUCUCUCUCGAUUUUUGUUUUCUCUCUCUCUCUCUCUCGAUGGUUUUUUUUUUUUCUCUCUCUCUCGAUGGUUUUUUUUCUCUCUCUCUCGAUGUUUGUUUUCUCUUUUCGAUGGUUGUUUUCUCUCUCUCUCUCGAUGGUUGUUUUCUCUCUCUCUCUCUCUCUCUGAUGUUUUUUUCUCUCUCUCUCUCGAUGGUUUUCUCUCUCUCUUUGUUUUUCUCUCUCUCUCUCGAUGGUAAUGGUUUUUCUCUCUCUCUCUCUCUCGAUGGUUUUUUUUUUUCUCUCUCUCUCUCGAUGGUUGUUUUUCUCUCUCUCUCUCUCUCGAUGGUUGUUUUUUCUCUCUCUCUCUUUUUCUCGAUGGUUUUUUUUCUCUCUCUCUCGAUGGUUUUUUUUUCUCUCUCUCUCGAUUUUUUGUUUUCUCUCUCUCUCUCGAUGGUUGUUUUUCUCUCUUUUCUUUCUCUCUCUCUCUCUCGUUUUUCUCUCUCUUUUUUCUCUCUCUCGAUUUUUUGUUUUUCUCUCUCUCUCGAUGAGAAAAUUUUUUUUUCUCUCUCUCUCUCUUUGGUUGUUUUUCUCUCUCUCUCUCUCUCUCUCUCUCUCGAUGGUUGUUUUUCUCUCUCUCUCUCUCUCUCGAUGGUUGUCGUUUUUUUUUCUCUCUCUCUCUCUCUCUCUCUCUUUUGUUUGUUUUUCUCUCUCUCUCUUUUUUCUCUCUCUCUCUCUAAUUUUUGUUUUUUUCUUCUCUCUAAUUUGGUUUUUUUUUCUCUCUCUCUCUCUCGAUGGUUUGUUUUUUUCUCUCUCUCUCGAAUUGUCGUUUUUUUUCUCUCUCUCUCUCUCUCUCUCGAUGGCUGUUUUUUUUUUUCUCUCUUGAUGGUCUUUUUCUCUCUCGAUGGUUUUUUUUUCUCUCUCUCUCUCUCUCUCUCUCGAUGGUUGUCUUUUUUCUCUCGAUGGUUCUCUCUUUUCUCGAUUUUGUUUUUUCUUCUCUCUCUCUCUCUCUCUCUCGAUGGUUUUUCGUUUCUCUCUCGAUGGUUUUUUUUUUUCUCUUUCUCUCUUUCGAUGGCUCUUUUUCUUUUUCUCCUUUUUUGUUCUCUCUCUCGAUGGUUGAUGGUUCUCUCUCUCUUUCUCUUUGGUUGUCUUUUUUUUUCUCCUCUCUCGAUGGUAAAUUCUCUCUCUCUCUUCUCUCUCUCUCUCUCUAUCGAUAGUUGUCUUUUUUUUUUUUUUUUCUCUCAGAUAUUUGUUUGUUUCUCUCUCUCUCUCUCGAUGGUUGUUUCUCUCUCUCUCUUUCUCUUUUUUCUCUCUCUCUCUCUCUCGAUGGUUGUUUCUCUCUCUCUCGAUGGUUGUUUCUCUCUCUCUUUCGAGAGUUUUUUUCUCUCUCUCUCUCUCUCGAUGGUUGUUUCUCUCUCUCUCUCUGAUGGUUGUCUUUUUUCUCUCUCCUCUUUCUCUCUCUCGAUUUUGUUUUUUUUUCUCUCUCUCGAUGGUCUCUCUCUCGAUCUUUUUUUUUCUCCUCUCUCGAUGGUUUUUUCUCUCUCUCUCUCUCUCUCUCGAUGGUUGUUUCUCUCUCUCUCUCUCUCGAUGGUUGUUUUCUCUCUCUCUCUCUCUCUCGAUGGUUGUUUUCUCUCUCUCUCUCUCGAUGGUUGUUUCUCUCUCUCUCUCUCUGGUUGUCUCUCUCUCUCUCUGGUUGUUUUCUCUCUCUCUCUCUCUCUCUCGAUGGUUGUUUUCUCUCUCUCUCUCGAUCGUUUUUUUUCUCUCUCUCUCUCUCGAUGGAUUUGUUUUCUCUCUCUCUCGAUGGUUGUUUCUCUCUCUCUCUCGAUGGUUGUUUCUCUCUCUCUCUCUCUCUCUCGAUGGUUGUUUUUUUUUUCUUUCUCUCUUUCGAUGUUUUCUUUCCUCACCUCUCAUUGGUUGCUUUCGCAAGCUGUUUUUUUCUCUCUCGAUGGUUGUUUUUUUUUUCUCCUCUCUUUCGGUUGCUUUCGCUUGGCUGUCUUUAUUUUACCUAUCGAUCGCCAAGAGGAAGAAGUCAACCUCUUUGUCCUGCUCUUUGUUGGUCUUGGUUUUGUCGCUGGUUUUGGCAACAUUAUACAAGUGGGCAUGUUUGGGAUUUCAGGUGAGAGACUGACUUUGAGGCUUCGUCAAAAAACGUUCCAAUCCAUGUUACGACAGGAAAUUGCUUGGUUUGAUGACCAUAAGAACAGUACAGGUGCCUUGUGCACUCGACUUUCCAUGGAUGCUUCCCAAGUUCAAGGCGCAACUGGAGCAAGAUUUGGUGCGUUUUUACAAAAUCUGGCCAAUAUGGGAACCGCCCUUGUUCUUGGGUUUUACUACGGAUGGAAACUAACAUUGCUUAUUUUAGCAUUUGGACCAUUCAUCGCAAUUGGUGGCUUCUUGGAAUUCCGAUUGAUGUCCGGAUCAGUUGGCAAGAAUAACGACGUUUUAGAAGAAUUGGGCAAGCUUGCAGUUGAAGCUAUCGAAAACAUUCGUACGGUCGCUGUGUUAUCAGUUGAGCAAAAGAUUCUGGAUUCAUACGUUGGAAAACUCAUCGCUCCGAAAAAGAAAGCCCUAAAAAUGGCAAAUAUUGUUGGUCUGGCAUUUUCUGUCACCCAAUCUUUAAUCUUCUUUGCCUACGGUGCCUGUUUUUAUCUGGGUGCUUAUUUGAUUUCUCUGUGUGAAAUGGACGUUGAAGGCGUUUUCAUGGUGUUUUCCACAAUUGUAUUUGGGGCCAUGGCUCUUGGUCAAGCAAGUUCUUUCGCUCCUGACUAUUCAAAAGCGAAAGCUUCGGCUGCUCGCAUCUUCAACCUUCUUGACCGACAACCGAUAAUUGAUUCUUACUCACAACAUGGUCAAAAGCUCAGUUUUUAUAACAGUACAAUAACUUUCAAAGAUGUGAAAUUCUACUACCCGACUCGUCCGGAUGUACAAGUGCUUUCAAACAUAAAUAUUGAAGUGAACACCGGCGAGACCUUGGCUCUCGUCGGUGGAAGUGGUUGUGGCAAAAGCACGUGUCUCCAGCUAAUCAGCCGUUUUUAUAAUCCAGACGCAGGCCAACUGCUUUUAGAUGGGCACGACUUGAAUACAUUGAAUAUUUCUUGGCUUCGAAAACAAGUUGGAAUUGUGUCUCAAGAACCCAUUUUGUUUGAUUGUUCAAUCCGAGAAAAUAUUGCUUACGGAAACACAACAGAAAAUUUAUCAAUGGACACCAUUAUUGCAGCAGCGAAAAUGGCGAACAUUCAUGCGUUCAUAGAUUCUUUACCAGAGGGUUAUGAAACUCAAGCUGGAGACAAAGGGACACAACUCAGUGGUGGACAAAAACAACGCAUUGCUAUUGCCAGAGCAUUGAUACGCAAUCCUAAAAUACUUCUGCUUGAUGAAGCAACAUCUGCUCUUGAUAGCGAAAGUGAAAAAGUUGUCCAGGAAGCUUUAGAUCGGGCUCGUGAAGGCAGGACAUCAAUUGUGAUUGCACACAGACUGUCAACUUUUACUCUUUUUUUCUCUCUUUUUUUCUCUCUUUUCUCUCUCUCUCUCUUUUCUCUCUCUCUCUUUUCUCUCUCUCUCUCUUUUCUCUCUCUUUUUCUCUCUCUCUCUUUUCUCUCUCUCUCUCUCUCUCUCUCUCUCUCUUUUCUCUCUCUCUCUCUCUCUUUUCUCUCUCUUCUCUCAUUCUCAAGGAUUUAA